AAACACAACUCAUUUCCAGAACUAGAGAUUUCAAAGAUCAACAGCUGCUCAUUUGAAAGUGUUGAUAUUCUUACUAUAUAUUAUAUUAUAUACAGUGUAUUAUAUACUACUAUAUAGUAAGUAUAUUGCUGAUUAUUAGCUGGAGAAAUCAGCAGGAGAUUAAUUAGCUUGAAAAGUUGGAUUAUUUAUAUCUGUUACUACUAUAAAGCUAAGUUGAUCUGAUUUUUGGAGAUUUAUUAUCAAGCAAAUAAAAUGGGUACUCAAGCUCCUGCUGAACACUAUAAUACACCGGAUAUUGAAGCAAAGUUGCAAAAACAAAAGGACAUUGAUGCUUGGCUUCCGAUCACUUCUUCAAGAAAUGCGAAAUGGUGGUAUUCUGCUUUCCACAAUGUCACUGCCAUGGUUGGUGCUGGAGUCCUUAGUCUUCCAUAUGCUAUGUCUAAUCUAGGAUGGGGACCAGGAGUGGUUAUAUUAGUAUUAUCAUGGAUCAUUACAUUGUACACUCUAUGGCAAAUGGUGGAGAUGCACGAGAUGGUGCCAGGGAAGCGAUUUGAUCGGUACCAUGAGUUGGGACAAUAUGCCUUUGGUGAGAAACUAGGCUUGUGGAUUGUGGUGCCUCAACAACUUAUCGUCGAAGUUGGUGUUAACAUUGUUUACAUGGUCACUGGAGGCAGGUCCCUCGAAAAGGUCCAUGAUAUUAUAUGUGCCAAUAAAACAAGUUGUACCCCCAUGAAAACCACCUACUUCAUCAUGAUCUUCUCUUCUGUCCACUUCGUCCUUUCUCACCUCCCUAACUUCAACUCCAUCGCGGGCGUGUCCUUGGCUGCCGCGGUCAUGUCUCUCAGCUACUCCACAAUUGCAUGGGCAACAUCACUAGGCAAGGGUGUACAACCACAUGUUACCUACACAAGUAGGCACCACAGCGACGUAGGAAAGACAUUCGGGUUCUUCAAUGCUCUCGGCGAUGUGGCUUUCGCAUACGCAGGCCACAAUGUUGUGCUCGAAAUUCAAGCAACCAUCCCUUCCACCCCAGAGAAGCCUUCUAAGGGACCUAUGUGGAAGGGUGUCAUCGUCGCCUACAUCGUCGUCGCCUUGUGCUACUUCCCCGUUGCCCUUAUUGGUUACUAUGUUUUUGGUAACACUGUUAGAGAUAACAUCCUUAUUUCCCUUGAGAAACCUGGUUGGCUUAUAGCUAUGGCCAACAUUUUCGUUGUUAUUCACGUCAUUGGAAGCUAUCAGAUAUAUGCCAUGCCAGUGUUUGACAUGAUCGAAACCGUGCUAGUGAAGAAAAUUCGCUUUAAGCCUACUUGGUACCUUAGAUUUAUCGCUCGUAACAUCUAUGUUGCAUUUACAAUGUUUGUUGCCAUUACAUUCCCUUUCUUUGGUGGACUUCUUGGAUUCUUCGGAGGAUUCGCCUUCGCUCCAACUACAUACUUUCUUCCUUGCAUAAUGUGGCUUGCUAUCUACAAACCCAAGAGAUUUAGCCUCUCAUGGUGCGCCAACUGGAUUUGCAUUGUUCUGGGAGUUAUAUUGAUGGUGUUAGCGCCCAUAGGAGGGCUAAGACAGAUCAUAAUUGACUCAAAAAACUACACGUUCUACUCUUAAGAAGCUUCCUAAAUUCGCGGUUUGAAGAAUUAGCAAUGGAGUAAUUUGUUUUGAUAAUGGGGGAUAUGAUGAAAAUCCUACAUUAUCUUAGUGCAAAUUAACUAGGGUACAGUCAGUCAUACAUUUUCUGAAACCUCUACUAUUCUCUUCGUUAAUUCAAAAGUGUUUUUUGUGUGCAUAAUAGAAAUAUUUCUGCUCUGUGUUUCCAAUCAUACUCGGAGUAUUUUCAAAUUUAUGUAUAAAGGGUUGUUUUUGCCA